CGAGCGGGUGCCACUCAAAGUAUUUAACCGCAACUCCUCACCCAGACUCGACAUAGGUUUUCUCUUGAAAUGGGCCACCAUACACCCCUCAGAUACUAACACGCGGACCAAAUGAAUGUGAAAAACUGCAAACGGCGAUAUCAAUGAUUCGUAUCUUGAGCUCUUCCUUUCUCCUCCCGAUACUGGGAUCCGCCAACGCCUCUUCCUCAACAACCGGUUGGGCUUCGGAACCCAACGGGCGAGGUACCUUCGGCCUAAUCUGCUCUUGCGUACUCACUCUGACAAUAUGCGUCUGGACGGCCCUCCACCUCAACGUUCCCCCCGUCCGCUCCACCCUGAGGAGCAGGGCACUAGAAAGGGCGAAGUGGGUACUCUAUGGCAUCUUCGCUCCUGAGCUUGUCGUGGCGACGGCGGCGGCGCAAUACAUCGUUGCGCGAUGGCUGAAAAGAGAGAUCGAAAAGGACACUGCUCAUCGCCAGAGUGCAGGAGAACCACUAGACAGAACAGAGGGGAGAGAUGGCCAGAUGCCCUCAAGGCACACGUGGGAUAUGAUGCAGUGCUUUUACGCCGUCAUGGGCGGCUUUGUUGUCGACUUGCCGUCUGUCGACAACGAAGAUGACGCGUUCAGGAGGGUUACCGUCACACCGGAGGGCCUAAGACUUCUAUCGUUUACCGGGAAGCUGCCUGACAUCCAUGAAUCGCAGAUCCAGGACAAGAGCAAAGCAGACUGGAUGGCCAAGUCUCUCGUCUGCAUCCAGGCCGGAUGGAUGGUCACCCAAGUCAUUGGACGUCUCAUAAAGAAGCUCCCUGUGUCGCUAUUGGAGAUCAACACAUGUGGGCACGUCGCAUGCGCCGUGGUUCUCUACCUGCUUUGGUGGAGCAAACCCUUCGAUGUUAUGGAUCCAACGGUACUGGAGGGGGACACCGAUGACCUUCUGUCGUUGAUGACAGUCUGCUCAUCCAUAGACGCUAUAAAUGGUGUAACAGACAUUCGGUGCUUCCAGUAUAUGCCAGGACAAGAAGUUACAGGCGAGGGGAGUCAAGACCAGCGCGCUGCCAAGAUCCUCAUCACGACGCAUUUGUCCAUCGGGUCACCCGGCACCAGAGAGCCUUCCGGAUUUCUUGGGUUUGAUAUAAGCGAUAUUCGACCGCACUUAUCACCCCUAACUGUCGAAAAACACACGCAAAGGGUUCCGCGAAGCGCGUACAUGUAUCAUAUUGAUCAGUCUAAACCUACAGUUUCACCCGAGUGUUUACAGACGUACUUCGUGCCGCCGUACAUCAAUCUUAGUUUGCGCCAUAGUAACCUCUACUGCCGGAGGAUCUUCGCCGACGUCCAGCAGUAUCAGAAGUCUCACAAACACAACCCCGUUAACCCGGUCCGCCUGGCGGAGGCCGCAAAGGCCGCAGACGGCCUAUGGGCUAUGUGUGCCGCCCGCCCGACAUACACACCAUACUAUUUUACCUUCGUCCCGACCGUUGGCGUCUUCCUCGGAGAGACGGAAUACAUCGUGUCUCACAUUGUCAACUUCCCGUCCAUCUCCAACCUCGGUCUUGGCCAGGUCAACAUUCACCGCGACGUGCUGCGCUCGCUCCUCGCCCUCACUGCGGCAGCGUACGGCGGGCUUCAUCUCAUUGGCUGGGUCGAUCACUUCCCAACGCAGAUAGAACGGAGGAUGUGGCUCGUCGCGUCUCUGGUCAUUGCGUGCUCCGGGGUUGCUCUGUGGAUCUUUUUCCUUGCGCGGCAAGCUUGGCCAUGGUUCGACGUGUUCGUUUCUGGAGCGGCACCAGGGGCACGACUGACCAGCGCGCGUUACCAGAAGCCGUGGAUGAGGAAGGUGAAAUCGUUGGUUCUUGUUUCGAUUAUCGUUGUGUUUGUGAUAGCGAGAGUCUUCUUGGUUGUCGAGGCUUUCCUCAGCUUGAGAGAAGCUCCUUCCGCAUUGUAUGAAACCCCAGAGUGGUCCGACUUCUUCCCCCAUUUUUAGCGCACGACAAUUCUUGAUACAGAUACAGGCAUUUGAUAUGCACUCUGGACAUAUUUGUUGCCCGUGUAGACGACGACGAUUUAGCACCUACCAACCUCAGGAGCAACGUGCUGCUUCGCUCUUCGAGAACUGCAAUUGGUGUCUGAAAACGCAACGGAAUCAGGCUCGGCGACAUGGGCUGCGGAGUCGGAUGGGGUUCGUUAUGUAUCUGAGCUCGUGGGUGCUCGAGGCAAGAGGGCUAGAGGGCUAUUGGUAAAGGGAGAUAGAAUCUUGAAAUCGAGGAAGAUGGUAGAAAAAACAUUGGAAGCUGUGGAGGCAUUGUGCACGAUAUACCGAUUGCCCCAUCCACGCAAACAGAGUCAUCACCUUGGUAACAUUUAUCUGAGGUCGUUCAUGUAGUUUAUUUGGAUAAAGGGAAAAAA